AUGUUGUACAAAUCGCUUUUGACGCUGACAUUGGCGACGACGUCCACAUUGGCUAGCAGUUUGAGAAGGGAUAUUCAUAAGGGUUUUGGGAAUGUGGAUACUUUGGUUGUGUUUGGAGACUCUUACACUGAUGAGGGGCGAUUGGGAUACAUGCAAGGUAAUGGUGGAGCGCUUCCACCUGACAACUUUGUACCGUCGCAGGGCUCAAUCAAUGGCGCCUCUAGCGGUGGAAAAAUCUGGGCGAGAAUCGCUUCUGAUUUAACUGGCCAUUCCUUAAUCAACUAUGCUGUCUCCGGCGCUGUCUGCUCAAACGAUCUGACACCAAGAUGGCUCGACGGUAUCAACGGAAACUUCCCGGCAGUCAAAGAAUACGAAGUCCCACAGUUCAAGAAGGAGCACACAAUCACAAGAUACAAAGGCCCCGGAAACUUGAACCCUGACAAGGCUGUAUUCGCUAUCUGGAUUGGAACCAAUGAUCUUGGAAGCGGUGCAUUACUCACCGAUGAGCAUCUCGCCGGCGUCACUCUCCCCGAUUACACAGACUGUGUCGCAGAACAAAUUAGGGAUCUGUACAACUAUGGUGCAAGGAAAUUCAUAAUCUUGAACGUAGCUCCGUUGGAGAGAGCCCCUCAUUAUACACAAAACGGGCCAAACCACUACUGGCACGAACGCGACUCAUUCCUUGAAGGAAACGCCACCGCUAUCUCCCAAAAGAUGGGAACCCACGUCCGUUCCGCCAAUCAAAUCUUCAAGUACCAAAUCCCUGCUCUCGCCGAUGAGCUUCGGGGUUCAAAGGUUGCGUUGUUGGACGCAUACUCCAUCUUCCAGGAAAUCUACGCAAACCCAAGUAAAUAUCUAGACUCGCCAGCCGAUACGGUCGGAUACGCAAGCAGAUGUGAUACUUGGGAGGCUUGCAAUAGUUGGUCGAAUACCGUCGAUCCCAAUCCCGAUAGGUUUUUGUGGUGGGAUGAGUUGCAUCCUGGUGUCAAGACUUCGACGGUUGUUGCCCAAGAAUUUGCGAAGGCCCUGAGGAAGGAGAGUGACUUUGCUACAUACUAUUUUUAG